GCACAAUCUGAGGGAUAUGGUGGAAACGGAAAUUGGUAUGCAGACCACUCUGAGGGAUAUACCCAGUACGAAGAGGAGAUAGGGGCACAAUCUGAAGGAUACUACGGAAAGGAGGAUUUUUAUGGAGACCACUCUGAGGGAUAUAACCAGUACGAAGACGAGCAAGAGGCACAAUCUGAGGGAUAUGAUGGAAACGGAAACUGGUAUGGAGACCAAUCUGGUGAAUAUCAUCAAUUUGAUAUUGGGUAUGGAGAACAAUCUAAGGGAUACGAACAGCCCGGAUAUAAUGAGAAUGAGCAUAUUGAACAAUCUAAAGCCAAAGGAGACGAUCUCGGUGAAGAUGUAGACGGAAACGAUCAAUAUGACCAAGAUUAUCAGGGCGAAGAUGGGUACGGAGAUCAACAAUUUGAAGGAGAUAACCAGAACGAAUACGGGAACGGAGAUCUAUGGGAAGGAAUUGACCAAGAGGAAUACUAUUAG